AUGUCUUCUGCUCGUCAUCAUCCCCAUCGUGCCAGCGUACCUGUCACUGGCUCAACCUCCAAAGCUUCGCCUCCAUGCUCAGUCUGUCCUGCAUGCCCUUUCUGUUCCGCUUGCCCAGUUGCUGGACCCUCAGGUCUUGAUACCGGAAUCGAACGGAUUCCACGACUCCAUCGCCUUCCACCUGUUUUACAACAAGGACCCCAACAUCCAAGUUACCGUCCUCCGUCAUCCUCUCAACAGCAGCAACCACACCAAUCCUGUUUAACGCAGACAGACCACAAUCCCCAGUCUCAUCAUCAUACUCCUUUAUAUCAAUACCAUGCAGAAGUAAAUGAUUGCUGUGCUGAGACGCGGCGGGAGGUAGAGCUUCUUCGAAUGACAAAUGAAACUUUAGUGGCGGAGAUCGACGACUUACGCGAAGCGAAGAAAAUUUCCCAGGUGAAGCAAUCGGAACUAGAAGAGCGUGUCCAGCAGAUUGACAAGAUUGUCGAGAUGCUUCGUGAAGAAAAAACUUGGUAUGAAAACCUACUCACCAUUUAA